AUGAUUUAUAAAAAAUUAAAAGAGUAUGUUCAUUCAACAUUUUUUCAAACUUUAGAUCCUUUUUUUGAAAAUGUGCAAUAUGAAGUUUCUUCUCAAAAUAAUAUUCUUAAAUAUAAAAACUUAAAAUUAAAAAAAAAUAUAUUUAAGCAUUAUGGAUUCAAUAUAAGUGAAGGUUAUAUUGAGGAACUUCAGAUAAAAAUACCAUACUUUUAUAAAAUGGAUGGUAUAGAAAUAAAUAUAAGUAACAUAAUUAUUUUAGUUAUCCCUGUAAACUUAGAAAAAAGUGAUAGAUUUCGAAUUUAUGAAGAAGCAUUAAAUGAUAGAAAAAAAAUAUUAGAAAGUGUGUAUGAAGAGUUUACAAAAAUACAUAUAAAUAAUAAUAUAAAUAACAAACAGUUAACCACUUUGCUUAUGAAUAAUAUACAAUCAUGGGUACUUACAAAAUUAAAAGUUAAAAUUAAUAAUAUUCAUUUAAGAUAUGAAGAUGAUAAUGUUGAUCAAAUGUAUAGCUUCGGGAUUAUUAUACCCUCUGUUACAUAUGAUAAUGAAGAAGGUGAUACAACAAUAUUUAAAAAAAAUAAUUAUAAUGGUAAAAUAAAUCAAAAUGAUAAUAAAGUAGAAAAUUUUGAUAAAAAUAAAAUAUUUCAAUUUUCUUUAGGUAUUUAUUAUAAUGAUAAAUGUAAGUUAUUUUUAAAAAAUGAAAGUAAUAAAAUUCCUCUAUUAUUAUGUAUAAAAGAAAUAUGUUAUUUAUAUAAUAUAAAAUAUGAAGAAAUGGAAGAAAAUAUAAUUAAUAAAUAUGUUAUUAAUUUAGAUAAAAAUCCUCCAUUAUUUAAAAAACAGAAAAUUCAUAGUAAAAAAUUAGAAAAUUUAAGAUUUAAUACACCUGAGACAAAAAAAAUGAAAAAAUCUAAAAAAUCUAAAAAGAUAAAAGUAGAAUUUGAUUUUAAUUUUAUAUUAAAACCACAGAUUUUUAAAAUUAUUGUCCUCAAUAAUAAUGAUUUAUUUAACAAUAGAACAGAAAUAAAAUUUAAUAUUCCACAUCUUUAUUUUAAUAUAAAUAGUCAAUUUUUAUUUAGUAUUUUGAAUAUUUAUAAGCACGUAAAAAUGUCUUCUAAAUAUAAACAAAACGUAGUCUAUAAUCAGGCUAUAAUGAAAGAAGAAAAAAAAAAACUCAAAAUGGAGAAUACAAAAGAAAGGAAUAAAAAUUUCCUUUUUUUAAAUAAUAUAAAAAAAAAUUUGAAAAGUAACUAUAUAAAUUCAAAUAGCUACUAUAAUAUAAUCCAUGAUAUGCAAAAUAAAGUAGAAAAAUCACAUUUAAAAAAAAGCUUCUUAAAAAAGAUAAGAAAAAAUGACUUUAGUAAUUAUAAUUAUUUUAAAAAAAGUGAUUAUAAUUUGGAAAAAACUAGCUAUAAUUACUCAUAUUUAAAUAAAGAAUAUUUUAAUAAAAAAUGUUUUAAAAAAAAUAAUAGCUGUAAUAUAGAUCUUUUAAAAAUAUCCAAUGAAAACGUCUAUUUUUCAGAUGGAAAACAUUCCAAAAAUUUGUCUCCUUUGAUUGAUGAUAAAGAACAGUUAAUUAAAAUAAAUCCUCAUCAUUCAAAUGAGAACAAAUAUGAGAGUCAUUUUCAUGAUUUAAAAAAUAACAUUUAUGGAAAUGAUAAUUGCAUUCAUGAAGACGAAAACAUUAAUGAUAACAAAAAAAAAAAUAUAGAAGGAAUAAAUAGAAAAAAUUUUAAAUGGUUUAGCUUUCAAAAAGAUAAAUUAAAAGCUAAAAUAAGUAAUUUUCUUAAAAAUAACGUAAUAAAAGAUUACAUAAAUAUAUUUAAAAGAAAAGAAGAAACCAACUCAAAUAAUUUUAAUUCUUCCUCUUCUAAUUCUCUAAAUAACUCUAAUUUUUCAAAUGUAAAUUUUAAUACGAAGGAAGGGAAGCAUAAAGGUGGUGAAGAAUAUUUAUUAAUUAAAAAAUCAGAAAAAGAGUUAAUUAAAAAAGAUAAAGACGACAUAUUUGAUUAUAUAAAAUAUCAGAGGCAUUCAAAAAAUAAAAUAAAUAAUGUGAAUGAAUUAAAUUUAAAUAAUUCUUUAAAAUUAAUAUGUAAAAGUGAAAAAAAUAAAAAAAAAAAUAAAAAAAAAAAUAAAAAAAAAUACAGAAAUUUAUGGUUAUGUGCAUAUAGAAGCGUGCGAAAAAUAAUAGAUUUAAAAAAUAUAAAAAAAAAUAUAUUUAAUAAAAAUGUAUUAAGCUUAUUAAAAAAGUACAAUGAUUUUAUAUAUUUUUAUAAACUAUUUAUUUUUUAUAAAUAUAUAAAAUAUAAUAUUCCUAAAAGAAUAAAUAAAAAAAUAAACGAAAUUCAAGCUGAUUUAACAAUAUCUAAUGAAUUAAUAAUAUUAUGGAAAACAAAUUUAUUUUUAAAUGUAUACAGUUUAGAUAAAACAUUUCAUAGAAAGGAUUUUUUUUUUAUUUAUAGCUUAUUUAUAAAAAGUAUAAGAAAUAUUAGAAAUAAUUUAAGCAAUAAAAAUAAGUAUAUAGAUAAAAUUAAAAAUACAUUUUCUGGUUAUAAAGAAAAUGUUUUUAAUUUAUACAAUUAUGACGUAAAAAAUGUAAAUUAUAAACAAGAUGAAUUUGAAGAAAAUGGGAGUAGUAAUAUAGAAAAAACUUACAUGAACUUGAACAAAAAAUGUGAAAAAAAUAUAGAAUAUUUCACUGUUAGAAUUAAUAUAGAAAAAAUAGAAAUUUUUUUUAAUUUAAAAUAUUCAUCACAAAAUUCCAUUGUUUAUUAUAAAAAGGAUCAUAUUGUUUUAAACAAAAACAACUUUUAUAAAAUUUAUGAAUCAAAUAAGAAUAUAAAAAGCCUAGAAAAAAAUUACAAAAUAACGCAAAAUGUAAUAUAUUGUGAUAAAAAAGAUAUAUAUAGAAAUAGAAUAAAAGAUGAAAAAAAAUAUAAAAAGUGGAUUAACAAUGAAAGUUUUCUAGAGGAAAAAAGUUUCUCAUUUAGUGAUUCAUUUCAGAAAAAGAAAAAGUAUAAUUCUUUCUCUCGAAGUUCAUCUUAUAAAUCAAAUAAAAGUAAAAAUAUUAAUAAACUAAGAAAAAUUUAUUUAGAAAGUGAGUGUAAUGAGAAUAUAAAUAGUGAAAGAAUAAUUAAUAAAAAAGGAAAAAAAAAAAAUAAAAUAAAUAAUAUGAAUGAGAAUAAAAACAAAAAAAAGCAAAAAAUAAAAAAUUUUAAUAAGCCUUUAUAUACAAAUAUGAACAACAAAUUAAUUUUUUCAUUUUAUGGAAUUCAUAUAGAUAUAGAGAAAAAUAUAAAAAAUGAAGGAAAUUUUGUCUUUUUUUCGAAAGUAAAAAAUAUAUACAUUGGAGAAUAUUUUAAAUGUAUAUAUAAAAAUUUUUAUUUAACUCCCAUCUUAUAUUAUAAAAUAAUAAAAGAAAAAAAAAAAAUAUAUUUUAAAAAUUCUAAGAGAACAAUUUCAAAUCAUUCAUAUAAAUGCAACUUAAUUUACGUUAAAAAUAAAUGUUCCAAUAUAAAAUUUCUCACUUAUGAUAAUUCCGAAAUUUUUUCAAGCCAUACAAAUUCAUUGAAUAUAGGUUGUGAUAAAAAUUUUAAAAGUAAAAGUAUCUCAAAAAAAUAUAAAAGUGAUUCUUAUCACUCAAAUAAAUUUAUAAAAUUUGGACAAGGAGACCAUCAAAUAUCAUCAAAAUUAAGUGAUAGAUUUUUAAUUAAAAGAAAUUUUAAACUAAUAAAAAAUCAGAAAAUAGAUAAUCACAGCAAUCAUAGUGAUUCAAAUAAAAAAACAGUUUCAUCUAUGUUUCAAAAUAAAGAUAUAUUUUUAAAAAAAAAAUACGAAUAUGAUUAUAAUGUUGAAAGUGAUAGUAUUUGUGAUUCAAAAAUAUAUUUAAAAUCAUAUUACAACGAAAAUUCUAGUUAUGAAAACACUAAAGAUAGUAAUAUAAAGGAUAAAAUUUCUUAUAAUGUAAAUGACAAAAAUAUACAAACAAUUUUCAAAAAAAAAUGUUACAAUUUAAAUUCCAUGGGUAAAAAAAGUAUGAAUAUUAGUAAUUACAUAAAAUCAAAUAAUGAAGGUAGAAAUAAUUACCAAAAGGAAAUACUUGAAAAUAAAAAUCAACAAAAUAAUGAUGAGAAAAAAUGUAACAAUCUGAAAAAUUUAAUUGAAAAUAAUACAUCAAUAAAUAAACAUGUAGAGUACCUUAUUAAGCAAAAAUACUAUGAUAAAAAUUCGGAAUUUUUAAGACAAAAAAGAAAAAUAAGAAAGAAUAAACAACUCUAUGAUACAAAAAAAUUUAAAAAUAUCAAUGAGAUAACAGAUUAUUUUUUAUCUUUUCAAAUAAAAAAUGGCACUAUUUUAAUUGAUAUAAACUUUCCUACUAUAACUAUUUGCUCUGAUAAUUAUACUUUUAUAAGUAACUUUUUAGAAUUAUAUGAACAUAAUUUUAAGUUACAUUCCAACAACAAAUUUUCUUAUGUGGAAAACUUUUACACAACUUUUGAAGUAAAUUAUGAAUUAUAUAAAAGUUCUUGUAAAAUUCUUGAAAAUAUAAACUCACAUGUUGAUUUAUUUGAUUAUUUUAAUGAAAAUCAUAGAGAUGAAAAUUGUAAUUACUUUUAUUACUCCGAAUUAUCAAAUAAUGAAGAUAUAAAAAAAACAUAUAAACAUCCUUCUUAUAGUGAUUUUGGAUAUAAAUUAUCUAAAGAAAGAAAAAAAAAAUUUAAAAUAAAUAUUUAUAAUUUAAAAAUUAUUAUUUUAUCAUUUCCAUACCAAAGCAUGUAUAAUAAAAUUCAAGAAUAUAUAUAUAUUCAAAAUUUAACAAAAAAUGAACGGCUGCUAUAUUUAAUUAGAAAUACCAUUAAAAGCAAAAAUCUUUAUCUAAAUAAACCUUCUCUUAUUUUAUACAUUAAUAAGAUAACUGUAAACUCUUCGUUAGAUAAGGCUAAUAGGUAUAUUAAAAUUGAUAUAAUAAGGAUUUUAGCUAUGCUAUUUAAUAAAUACAAAAAUUUCAUAAAUGUUUUUAAUUUAUAUCAUCAAAAAAAUUAUAUUGAUUUACAUCAAAAAAUGCAUAGAUUUAAUCUAAAUAAAUCUAAUUCAAAUAAUUCUUUUGUUUGUAAAAAAAAAAUAUCAAAUGUACACCAAACUAAUGAUACUUUACCAUUUACUAAAGAAAGUAAUAGUAAAAAAAAAGAAGAAAUGAAAAAUAAUAUUCAAUAUAAUAGAUUUAGAAAAAAUUCAGAUAGUUUUACAAAGAAUGAUAAAUUGUCAAAAAAAAGUUUUACCGAAAAUAUGGAUAUAAGUAAGAUUAUCAUUUCUGAUGAGAAUAAAAAUUCUUAUAAUAAUUUUAAUUACAAAAGUAAUUAUUUCCGUACAAGUAGGUGUAAUAGUUAUCAUAAGGAGCUUACAAAAAAUAACUACUUUCAAAAAAAAGAAAAUAUUUUGUCUGAUGUUAAUUAUAACAGCUUUUCAGUUAAUGAAAUAGAAAAUAAGAAGAGAAAUUCAUACAAUUACACAAAUAAAAAUUACAAAGAAAAGUAUAUUCUUUUAGACAAUUUAAAUUAUGAUUCUUGUUCUCAUAUAUAUAGUAGCAUUUAUGAUUUAAAAAAUGAUGUCAGAAAAACAAGGAAAAGUAAAGAAAAGUUUUCCGUAGUAAAACAAAAAAAAGAUUUUUCCAGUUUUACAACAUUAAAUAUUAGAAAUGAAAGUAAAGAAAAAAGCAGAUUUUUCUUUAAGUACUUAAAAGAUAAAAAAUUGAAGUCAUAUCUGGAUUAUUCAUAUGAUAGAAAUAUGAAUUAUUUUUUUUUUUUGUUUCAAAAAAAAUCUUUUAAAAAUAUUCUCUUUUAUUUUAAUGUAGAAAUAAACUAUAAAAAUUUUACUGGUCAUAAUAAUAGAGGUGAUUUAAUAGAGAAGGUUAUAGAAAUAUAUUUAAAAAGUGGGAAAAAUGCUUUCAUAAAUGGUAGUGUAAAAAAUUUAAAAAAAUUAUUUUAUAUAUAUAAUAAAAUGAAAUACUUUAUAACACUGUAUGAUAUAUUUAAAAAAUAUAUUUAUGUAAUAAAUUACGAUAUAAGUUUUCCAUGCAUUAAUAAUAAUUUUAUCUGUUUUGACUAUUUAAAUAUUUUUGGUAUAAGGAAGCUAAAUACUCUUUGUAAAUAUAAUCUCAAUAAAAAAUUCUUUAAUGGAGGAAAAAAAGAAGAAAAAAUCAAUAAUGUAUAUCAAGAUAAUUUAGGGAAUGAAAAUAAAAUGAAAAAUGAGAAUAACAUUGAAAAAGAAAGCAUGAAAAAGAGUACUAAUAAUAAUGAAAGUAAGGAUUGUAAUGAAUGUAAAAGUACUAAUGUAUAUGAAAAGAAAAAUAAACACAAAAAAUUAAAAUAUGUUUCAAAUAAAUCACUUAUAAUGUCAUCGGAAAAUUGGCCAUAUGUAUUUUUGAGGAGUUAUUAUUAUUUAAAAAUUAAUGAUUCACAUUCAAAAAGAAAUAUAAUUUUAUUAAACAAAAAAAAAUAUUUAUAUAAAAAGAAACAUUUUUCAUGUAAUAAUUUAAACUAUAAAGGAGGUGAUAAAAAAUAUUUCGUUUUAUCUAAAAGGAAGAAAAAUUCACAAAACCACAUUUUUAGGAGAAGUAUAGAACAUACAUCUAGUUUUACUUAUUCAAUAAAUCAAAGAGGAAAAAAAAUUUCAGAAAAUUCUAUAAGUAACUUUAAAAUAUAUAGUUCAACAAAUACAUAUGUACCUACUGAAAAAAACUAUUUUAAAGAGAAAAGUUUGUAUAACAGAAAAAGUUUCUCUUCAACUAGUGAUGCAUACAAUGUACAUUCCUUUAGUAAUUUAAAUGAUAAAGAAAAAAAGAAACUUUACAAUUUGUCAUCGCAUUCUUUUACAAAUUCUGUUAUGUCUCAAUGUACAAUUUCACAUAAUUCUUCAUUUUUAAAAGAAGAAUACAAUAUGAAUUGGAAAACAUCAAAGACUAAAAAAAAAAGAAAGGAACAUAAUGAUAGUUUAAUAAAUAAACAAACUAAAGAUAAUGUAAAUAAUAAAGAUUUAUUCUUAUGUGUAUUUAUGGAAUUACGAAGUAAUAAGAAACUCAAAUAUGAUAAACAUUUUGUAAUAAAAGAAAAAAAAAAAAAUAAAAAUAACAAAAAAAUAAUUUUUUUUACACCUAUAUUAUUAUAUAUAUAUAUGGAUAAAAAAAGCAUAACUCCUUCUUUUAUUUUCAAUUGCAAAUCAGUUCAAUUUGUAUGUCAAAACAAUAAACAACUACGAAAUGUGAAAUUUAAAUUAAAUUUAAAUAAAAAACUCAAUUUAUUUAAAUUUAUUAAACUGAAAAACAGAAUAAUUUACCUUCAUAAAUCCGAAAACAUCAAUAAGAAGAAUAUUAAAUUGAAUGAUAUUUACAAUAUAUGUGUUAAUAGACAUAAAAAAAGAAGAGUUAAGAGUGAUAAAAUAAAUGAUGAUAAAUAUAAAAACAGAAAGAAAAUUAAAAUUUACUUAAAAUCAAAUAAUUUUCCCAUUCAUAAAUUAAAUAACAAUGAUUUUUUUCUUUAUAUCCUAAUUACUUAUGAGAAUUUUUCAAAUAGUAAAAUAUUUUAUAACUUAAAUAAAAUUAAGAAAACAUUAAUACAUAUUAACAAUCCAUAUAAUGACAAAUGUUAUUUUAAUUUUACUAAAAAUGAAGAAAAUUAUUUAAAAAUUCUUUACAAAAAUUCUGAUAAAAAAAAAUUUCCCUUACUAUUCAGGUCUUCUGAAGAAACAAAAAUAUAUAAGAAUUUUAUAGAAAAAAAAAAAAAAAUAUUCCAUAAAAAUAAAAUGAAAAAUGAAAAUAAUUCACAUUGUAUUAGAAAUAAUAGUAGUAAAAAAUACAAGAAAAAAACGAAAAAAAUUUAUCUAUCAUUAAAAUGCAAUGUUAUGGAAAAGAUAACAUAUUCUAACUUCUUAUUAAAAAAAAAAAAAGGACAAAGUAAAAUAAAAAAUAUAAAAUAUAAAUCUUCAUUGAAUAGUAAGAAAAAAAGUAACUUUAUGAACAAAGCAAGGAAUUUUAAGAAGAAAAAAAGAAAAAAAGUAUAUUCUAUUUUAUAUGAUCAGGAAGAAAUUAAAAAAAGGAAAAGCAAAGAUAAAGUAAGUAGUUUUGAUAUACUAGAAAUUUUAAAAGUAUAUAAAAAUAUAUCUUUAAAGUUAUAUGUUGAUAAGUUAAGUAUAAUAAUUGAUAAUUCAUUUAAUUUUACUUUAUAUGGUUGUGGUAUAUAUUUUGAAAAUAGUUUGUUUAAAAAUUUUUUAAUAAGAACAUUAAUUCGCAAUUUAGUUGUUGAAGAAAUCAAUAAUUUUUAUUCUUAUUAUACGAAUUUUGAGAAUAUGAAUUAUAAUUUAUUCAAUAACAUAAAAAAAAGAAAAGAAUACAAUAAUUUAUCUUUCACAGAAAAAGAUGAACACUUGUGCACAAGUACACAUUAUAAAAAAAAAAAAAAUUUUGUAAAAAAAAAAAAUUACGAUAUUGUUUUAAAUUCUAGGAAUGGAAAUAAUUAUAAUAAUUAUAGUUCAUCAAAUUUAAAUGAUUUUUUAAAAAGUGAUUUUAGUAAAAAUCAAAAAACGGGAAAUGAUCAUAUUUAUAAUACUCUAAUGGAAAAAAUCGAAAAUGUAAAUAAUUACUAUGUUUUAAAUUUAAUGAAUGAAAAAUUAAAAAAUAACUAUAAUUAUUUCAAUAAAAAUAUAAAAACGCAAAUAAUAGGUUAUAAAGAAAAAAUAAUACAAAGUCAAAAAAAAAGAGCUUGUGGAUUUACGGAACAUUUAUGCACAGGUGUAUCUAUUGAAACCGAUUUCUUAGUAGAUAUGGCAAUUAUUAUAGAAAAACAUAAAAGAAAUAUAAAUGUUAAAAUAAACUUAUCUUUUUAUUCGUAUGUUUUAUAUAUAUCUUCUCUUAUGUUACAAAAACUUACACAAAUAGCAGACAAAACUAUUCAAUUAAUUUAUAAGUAUGAUGUUUUUAAUUUUUAUUUUAAUUAUAUAAAUUACAAUAAUUAUGCAAACUUUAGUGAUUGUAAUUCAAAUGUAUUUAAUCAUAAUAGUAGAAAUAAAUUUCAUGAUUCUAAGAUGAAUGAUAUGAAUAAAGAAUACCAUAUACCAAAUACUGAUUUGAGUGAACAUAAAAAUAUCACUAGUGUAAAGAAAAAGAAUUCUUUUAGUUAUAGAAUUAAGGGAAAUAGUUUUCCCAUAAAUAAUAAAAAAUUUUCCAAUAUAAAAAAAAAAAAAUUAUAUAUUUCAAAAAAAAAUAAUUCAUUAGCAUAUAUAAAUCAAAAAAUAAAUAAAAAUAUAAGUUUUCAUAUAUCAAAUAUAAAGAUAACUUUUUUGCAAUCAUUUACUAAUACUUUUAUUAAUAGAUUAGAAAUAUCUCUUCUUAAUAUUUUAUUUAAAAAUCAUAGUUAUCUGUUAAAAGUAGGUAGUGUAAAUUUUUUAAACUAUACUAAUAAAUAUAUAUUUUUUAGUAAAUGUGAAGAAUUUGUUAGUAAAAAACAAGAAAAAAUAACAAAAUUAAAGAAAGAAAAAUCUACUAACAGUAAAGUAAGUAAUAUUGUGAAAAAUAAAAAGAAUAAUAUAACAUAUUCGGAAGUAAAAAAUAAUAAUACAAACAUAAACAUAAUCAACAGAAAUAAUGAUAAUAAAAGCAAAUAUUUUAUUUAUGCGAAAUAUUCAUAUGAAUCUAAAUUGUAUACUAUCAUAAAUAACAUAGCUAAUAAAACUAAUGAUAAUAUUGAUAGUAUACAUGAAUUAAUUGUUCAAGUAAAUCAAUCAUAUAUUUAUUUAUUUUUUGUUGAUUUAUUGUUAUUAAAUCAAUUUAUCAACGAUUGUAUAAUUGCUAUUCUACCUUUGAAAAAAAAAAUAUCCAAUAAAACUUUCUAUCAUAAUUAUAGAGAAACCCUUUUUGAAAAAUAUAAAGAUGAUAUAUAUUUUUUGAAAUCAAAAUAUAUUCGUGAAAGUUAUUCAAAAUUUCAAAAAAAAAUAUUAAAAAUGUUUAUGUUAUCUUACGAAAAAAAGUAUAAAUAUAAAAGCUUAUGUGAAAAAAAAAAAAAUAGAAAAUAUAAUUAUAUAAGAUGUAAAAAUUUUUUUGAUAAAAAUAAUUUUAUUUUUCAAAAGAUUAUUUUAUUUAAUGCAAUGAGAACAAAUGAUAUCAAUAAGAAAAGAAAAUUAAAUACUAUAAAAAAAAAAGGAAAAAAUAAAAUUCCUAUUAUUUAUCUUAUAGACAUAAAUAUAAAAUUACCAUUAAUCAAUUUUUUAUCUUCAAAUAUAAAAAAUAAAAAAACUUUCUUUAUAAAUUUAGGCACUAUUAAUGUAUAUAGUGAAAUAAGUUACAUAGAUAAACAUAAACAGAAUUUAAAAGGAAUUAAUCAUAUGUGUUUUAAUAAUUUUAAUAUAUUUUCUGCCUUAUCCUUAUCUAGUAUUAAUAAUUCCAUUUAUGAAAAUGAUAAGCAGAAAAAAGAUAUAAAGGGAAAAAAUGAGAUACAAAAAAUAUUUGGUGUUUUUUAUUAUCUAAAUAUAAUUUACAAAAAAGGAAGAUUAUUUUUAAAAUAUAAAUUAAAUAAAAAAACUAAAAAUAUUAUAAUUCCAUUAUCUAAUGAAUUUUUCAUUUCAUUUUAUUUAUUUAAAAAAUUAUCAAAUUAUCAAAAAGUAAAACAUCCUACAAAUCCAUCUCAUUUCAAUAUAACAUAUGAGAAUCCAGACUCAUUAUAUGAAGAAAAUAAUGAAACAAAAUAUUUUCCUUCUAAUAUUAUUAUAAAUUCUAAUAGUAAGUAUUCAAAUUCUAGAAUAACUAGAUUAAAAAAUGAUGACAACAAUAAUUUAGGUGAUGUAUAUGAAGAAAUUAAAAAUAUCUUCCACAAAAAAUAUUCAAUAAAUAUAUUGAUAGAAAUAGAAAAUUUAAAUAUAAUAUUCACUUCAGAAAUAUUAAAUAUAAUAAAAGAUAAUAUUAGUUCAGUAAAUAAUAGCAUACUUAAUAAUAAUAAUUUAUUACCAUAUGAAAGUAUAAAUGAAGAAAUUGCAUUUAGAAAUAACAGAAAGCCAAAGAAAAAAAAAAGAAAAUAUGAUUAUAAGUUUUCAUUAAAUACUACAAGUAACAAAGAAUGUAAAAGUAACUAUCAGAUAAGAAAUAAUAAAAAAUAUUUUUCUCGUAAUAAUUUAAAAUGUUUCACAUAUUUUUAUGAUUAUUCAUGUUCUAAAAGCAAGAAAAAUUUUAAUCAUAAAACACAAAUUUUAAAAAAAAAAAAAUUGUAUUACAAUAAAUUACUUUCAUUAAUUAAUAAUAAUUUAUUUCUUUAUCUUAAAUUAAAUUCUAUACAUUUACAGUUAAUUGAUAAUAAUGCAAAUAAAUUAGUAGAAUUAGUUUUGUUAAGUUUAAAUGUUUGGAAAAUUAAUAAGUUAAAUAUAUUUUGUUUUUGUUUAAACGAAUUUACAAUAAAUGAAUAUAUAACUAAAAAUAUUUUUACAAAAAAUUAUAAAAAAGAAAUAGAUAAUAAUAAAAAAAGUGAAGAAGAUAAACAAUGCAAAUAUAAAUAUACUAAUUCAGAUAUGUUUCAUCAAAAAAAGGUAAUAGAUCAAUGUUAUGCAAAACUUUUUGAUGAAAGUAAAAUUUUAAAUAAGUUAAAGAAAAAAGAAAAUUAUAGAAACAUAACACUACUGAUGAAAUUAAAAAAAAAAUUAAAAAAGAUAAUACAUUCUAAUACUUACAUAGAUUCAUAUAAUCAAAAAAAAAACCAUAAAGAAUAUUUACAUGCUAAUGAAAGAAAGGAUUAUUUAAAAAAAGAAAGUAUAUAUUAUAACUCUAUAAAUAGUAUAAAUAAAAAAAAACAGAAUGCUACACCAUCAUUAUGCAUUUUACAAAAAAAUAAAAUACACAAUUCAAUGAAUUACAUUUUUAAAUUGAAGUGUAAAAAUAAAAAUCAUAAUGCAUUCUCUAUUUUUUCUGCUAAUGAAUUGUUUUAUAAUAAGCUUAAUAAUAUGUGGAAAAAUAUACAAACAAAUGUAAAAUGUAAAUAUAUAAAUGAAGAAAAAAAUGUAGAUAUAAUCGAAGAUGAGAUUCAAAUAAACUACAUUGAAAAGAAUGAAAUUCUUGAAAUUAAAAAUAAAAAAGAAAAUAUUAAUCUUUUUAUGAAUAUUAACAGUAUAAAUAAUAAUUAUCCUAUAAAAAACAAUUUUUUAUAUAGUAUUAAUGAUAACAAUAGUUUUUCAAAAAAUAAGGAAACGGAAUUUUGCAACUAUAUUUUGAAAAUAAAAAACAGCUAUAAACUAUUUUUAUUUACAAAAAUAAAUAAUUUAUUAAAAAGAAAAAAAAAUAAUAAAAAAAAAAUUUAUUUUCAUAAUCAUUUAAAAAAAGUGGAGUACUUAAUACACAAAAAUAAUAAACAAAAAAAAAGACACUCAUGCAUCCUCCUAGAACACAUAUUUUAUGUAAAAAAAAAAAAAAAAGAAAGAAAUAAUGAAAAAGAAAAAAUCAUUCAAAAUAAUAAUGAAAAAAGUAUAAUUAAUAACUUAAAAAAGGAAAAUCAUAUUUGUAAUAUUAUCAGAAAUAAUAAUAUAAUAAAAAAUAAUCAAAAAUUGAGUAAUUAUUUGAACAUUCAUAGAAAUAAUCUAAGUAAUUACAAAAAUUUAAUUAAAACUAGAGAGUUAUUAAAGAAAGAUAAACAGCAUAUACAAAAAAAAAAAAAAAAAAAAAAAAAAAGAAAAAAAAAAAAAAAAAAAAAAAAAAAAACAGGAAAAUCAAUAUUAACAAAAAUAAGAAUAAAUGAGUCAAAUAUAUGCAUAAAUACAGUUGUGAUUAAUUAUAUUUUUAUAUUACUAAAGUAUGAAUAUUAUGAUGAUAGUAAAUUAUUAUUUAAGGAAAGUACUCAAAAUAUGUUUAAUUUACAUAGAAAUUCUCAGAAUUCAAAUUUUUUAAGUGGAGAAAAUAAUGAAAAUGUAAAAAAAGUAAGUUAUUCAAAUUCAAUACUUGGUAAUAUUAAUGAUGCGCCAAGUAUUAAUCAUUCUUCUAAUAAAAAAAAGUUUUUAAAAAAUUUUUUAAUUAGUAAUAGUUUUAAUAAAAAACAGAGAUACGGAGAAUUUUUAAUGGCCUUAAGUGAUAUAUCAAAAAAGAAAAAUGCAGAAAAUAAGCUAAAAAAAAAUUCUUUUUUAAAUUAUGAACUUCAAAGUUUUAAGAAACAUAAAUUUAGAUCAAAUCUAAGUAAGAAUAAAUCUAAUAAUUAUAACUAUUUAGGUGAGUAUUUUAAAAAGAAAUUAGAAAAUGCUAAUACAAGGGCAAAUUUAUAUUCUAAAAGUAAUGUUUCAAAUAUAGACGUAUUUAAAAGAACUUCUGAUGAUAUAUUAAAAAAAAAUGUUAAUUUAUUUUAUAAAAAAAGAAAUUCUUUAAGUAGUAAUAGAACAUAUUUAAAUAAUUUAAAUUACAUGACUAAAGAAUUAAAAGGGAAUAACAUAAGGGAAAAUAAAAAAAAACAAGUUAUAUUAGAAUCAUAUAAUAUGUAUGAAAAUGAAAGACUUUUAUUUUUAAAUUACAAUUUUUUAAAUAGUCAAUAUAUAUAUUCAAAAUUUAAAAGUAUGUUAAAAAGAGCUAAGAAAAGAAAAAAAAUAAAUAAUAAACUUAAUGAGGAAGACUUCAUCCAGAAAGAUACUUCAAGGAAUUAUCUUAUUAAUAAAAAAAAUAUUAACCAUUUUAAUAAUGAAGUAAGUAAUAGCAAUACAAAUCAAAAAAUUCCUUGUAAUAGAUGUCACAAUACAUUUAAAAAAAAUCAUAAAUUACUACAUGAAAAAAAUAAAAAAAAAAAAAGAAAAUCAUUAAAUAAAAAAAGUUGUACAAAUUAUUUAUCGUUUAUAAGAGGAGGUAGUAGAGAAUAUAAAAUUCUGAAACAGAGUUUAAAAAAUAUUAUUUUACAGAAAAGAAAAAAGAAAAAAAGAAAAAAAAGAAAAUUUAUAAAAUAUGAGGAUAUAUAUAAUAAAGAUUAUUAUAAUGACGAAUAUAUAUAUAAAGAUAAGGAAUCUGAAUAUUAUUCCAUCCCAACUUCUAAACAUAACUAUGCCUUUUUUGGGAAUUUUAUUUAUAACAAUAAAAGUUUUAUUUUUUCGAAAUAUUUAUAUGAUCUAUUUUUUUCAAAAAUUAAAAAAAAAUAUACAUAUGUUUUUGAAACAACAAAUAAAAUAAUAACGAAUCAAAUUACUGCUCACAUAUAUAUUCAAAUACCUUAUUCCACUAAUAUUUUUUAUGUUUAUUUAUCUUCGUAUUUUUCAAAUAUGAUAAAUUAUGUUCAUCUGUUUAAUUGUAAUAAAAACCUUCUAAUUAACAAAGAUAGAGAAAAUAUAAAUAGCAAUAAAACUAAUGGUUGUAAUAAUAAUUUAAUUAAUUUUAAAAAUAACGUAGAUCAUAUCAACAAUAUUUAUGAUGUCUAUAUUAAAUAUGAUAUGGACAGAAUUUUGAAAAAAUUUUACAAUAAAAAAAAUAAGUCUAAAAUUCACAUAAACAACAAAUUCCGUUUUUGUUUUAUAAAAAAAAAAAUAAAUAAAAACAUAGAAAAAGUGAAGAAAAAUAAUCCAUUUGAUUCUAUAAAAAAAAAAAAUUCCUUUCUUGGUUUCAGUAAAAAUGAUAAUAAAAUAAAUCCAAACAUAUUUUUUAAUAAAAACUUUUUUAUAAAUAAUAAAUUUUCUAUGAAGAAUAAUAAUAUAAAAAAAAAAAAAAAAAAUGUAAAUGUUAAUAGCAUAUUUAGCAUCUAUACUAAUUUAAUGAAAAAAAGGUUUAAUAAAAAUUCUUUACAUAGCAAAUGUUUUCAUUAUUAUUCAAGAUAUUAUAAAGAAAAACAGGAAAAAAGAGAAAAAUUUAUUUUUUACCCUGUUCUAUAUAAAAAAAAAUUUCUAAAAAGAACAAAGAUUAAAUUAAUAUAUGAUCAUAACAAAUUUCCAUACAAUAAAAACUAUUUAGAAUCAUUUACUGCUAAUAGUACCUUUAAAGUUAACAUAACUAAUUUAUCAAUUAAAUAUAUUAAAAAUUUUAAUCAUGAAAAUGAUUUCAUUUGUGAAAAACAUAAUAAAUAUUUGAUUAAAUUAAACACAAUAUGUAAUAAAGUUGCUCAUAGAAAUAGUUAUAUUAAAUAUAUUAACGAUGCAAAAAAUGCAGAAAACAUAAAUGAAAGAAAUAAAUUAAGUGAAUUAAAAAUUAAAAUCACAUAUACAAUUAACAACAAGAAUAUCAAUAACAUAUUAGCAUACAUUAAGAAGAGAAUUAGAAAAUUAGAUGAAUAUGAAAAUUUAAAUGAUUUAAAAAACAAAAAAGAAAAUUCAUACAUUGAAAAAUAUAAUUACUCAACUUUUACAAGAAAAAGUAAUGACUCCAAAAGUAAUAAUCAUUUUUAUAUUAAAGAGAAAGGAAGAUAUAAAAAAAAAAAUUCUUUAUUAAAAAUAAAAAAGGGGCUAAUAAUAGAUAAAUAUAAUAAUAAACAAAAUAUAAUAAUUUUAAAAGAAACAAAUAAAUUAAAAAAAAAUGAUGGAAAAAAAGAACAGAGUAAAAAAUGCUAUGAUAAUAUAUUAAAAUUUGGAAUAGAAAAAUGUUUUAUUCAUUUUGAUUAUAAUGAUUUUGUAGAUAUUUUUAAUAUAUACAAUUAUAUAAGACCUGCUGGUUAUAUUGAUAAAAUGUUUCAAAAAAUUAAAAAAAAACAAAAGAUAAAAAAUAAAAAUAAAAACGAAUAUAAUGAGAAUGAGAAUGAGAAUGAGAAUGAGAAUGAAAAUAAUACAUAUAAAAUAAAUAAAAAAAAUGAAAAUAAUGAUACAUAUUAUUUUAAAAACGAUUGUGAAAAUAAUGAUACAAAUAUACUUGAUAAUUAUAAAAGUAUCAUUAAAAGUAACUAUUAUUUUAAUAAUCUAAUUAAAACAGAUGAUAAUAAAAACUAUAUUUUCAUAAAUUCCCUUACAAGACCAUCUAAAUAUGUCUCUGAUUUACUAAUUAAUAAAAAUAAAAUCAAAGGAAAAAAUAAUUCUUUCGAUUAUUCUCACUUAACUAAUUGUAUGUUUUUUGAUAAUAGUAUAUAUGAAAAUACAAAAUCUUUUAAUUUUAAAAAAUAUGUAAACCUAUCUCAUAUAAUAGAAGAUGAAAAAAAAAAAAAUAAAAUAAAUAUAGACUGCGAAGAAACAAAUAAUUAUAAAAUGAAGAAAAUAAAAAUAAAAAUUGAAGAAAUUAAAAUAUUUAUAGAAAACAACUAUUGCAUAAAAUGCUCUAAUCCGUUUUUAUUUUUUUUGUUGAAAAAUAUUUACAUUAAUACAUAUGACAAAUAUGAUUAUUCUUUUAUAAUUAAUAACUAUAAUAACAUGAAAAAAGGUGAUGAAUUAUAUAACAAAAAAGAAGAAAAUAUAAGUAAUGAUAAACUUAUAAAAAAAAAAAAAAGUGAUAAUACAAUAAUAAAAAAUUUAAGCAAAAGAAGUUCUUAUAAUACUUUUUAUAAAAUCCAUUUAGAUAAGGAUCAGUAUAAGGACAAGAAUAAAAAUAGGCUUAAAAAAUUUCAAAAUUUUUAUAAUUUUAUUAAUAAUUAUUAUUAUAAUGAGUAUCAUGAAAAUAACUGUGAACGGAAAAAAAAAGAAAAAAAUAUUCAUUUUAAAAAUACAACAAAAAAAAUGCUUCAAAACACAAAAAGAGUUUACUUUUUGGGAAAUUUUAAUUUUAAAUUGUGUAUAUAUGAUAAAUUAGCAAACAGAUGGAAAGACAUAAUUGAAAAUGUAGAAUUUUUCAUUAAAAUUAGUAAUUUAAAAAAAAUAAGCAAAUAUAUAUUUUUUACCCAUAAAAUUUAUAUUAAUCUUACUCUUAAGCAUUUUAAAUACUAUCUUGAACUACUAAUAAAUAUUUAUUAUAAAAUUAUGAAAAAGAUAGAAGAAAACAAAUUGUUGAAAAAAAAAACUGCCAAAAUUAUUGUGAAUAUGUUUUUGAAGUUAAAAAAAAGGAUGGAAGAAAAUAAAAAAAAAUUGAUUAAAUGUGAAAAAUUAACUAUUGAAAAGGGUACUAGUCAGAUAAAAAAUGAGCAAGAAAAUUAUAAGAAAACACUAAAUGAAAAAGAUGUCCAAAAUAGUAAGAGUAUAUUUACUAAAGAAAAAAAUACUUCCUAUUUUAGUUCAACAUUUUUGAAUAUUAAAUCAAUAAAAAAUGAUGAAAUUAAAACCCUCAAAACUUUUACUGAAAAACAGAAUGAACAAACAAAUAAGUCUCUAUCGUUAGACAAAGAAUAUAUAAAUUAUCAUAACAACAAAAAAGAUAAUACUAAUGAUCAUAAAAUGAAAAAUAAAAAAGAAAAAAAAAAUGUUUAUUUUUCUAAUAUGUAUCCUAAAGUAAUAGAUUAUUUUCACUUGCAAAAGGAAAAAAAUUAUAUGCAUUAUUCAUGUAAUAAUAUAAAUGACUAUUUUGUAAUUUUCUAUAAUUGCAGUGGAUUAAAAAUAGAGAUACAAUUAAAAAAAAGAAAAAAAAAAAGAAGAAAAAAAAGAAAAAAUGUAAAUUCAAGUGUUGUAAAUUAUACGUAUAGAAAUCACAAAAAUAAAUUUCGAAAAAUAACAAAUCGAAAAAAAAGAAAAGAGAAAAUUAAAAGAAAUAUUCAUCACAUGGAAAAAAUGAAUAAAAUUAUACAUAUAUAUAUGUUGAAAAAAUUGAAAAAAAAAUGUAAAUAUUUUUUUAAAAAAAGUUAUAAAAAAAAUAAAGUAAUAUUACCAAAUAAUGUAUUUGUAGGAUUAUCAAAAAGUGUUAAUAAAUCGAAAAUAUACUGUAAAUGUAUAUUAAACAUAAGGAUUUAUAAAACUGAAAUUACCGUAGAUAAUAAAUGGAAUCUUUGUUUAAAAGAUAAAAAAAUAUUUAAAUUAAACAAUGUAGACAUAUUAAGAUUUCCUGAAAUCAUUCCUGUAUUCAUUAAUAACAAUGAUAAGAAAAAAGAAAAUAUUAUGUUAAUUGUAAAAAAAACAGAGAAAAAUAAGAAAAUUUCAUUUUUACAUUUCAUUUCUCCUCUUAAUUUAUACAAUUUUUCAAGUUUUCCUUUAAAUUAUAAAAUUACUUUCAAUAGGAAGAUAUAUGAAAUUAUAUAUUCUAUCUGUAAUUAUAUAAAACAAGUAAAAAAAGAAGAAAUAAAAAAAAAAAUUCAAAGUAAAUUUAUCAUUAAUAAAAAAAAUGAAAAGAAGAAGAUAUAUUUUUAUAUAAAAAAAAGUGGCAAAUAUUUAAAUAUAAAGAAGAAAAUAUACAAUAUGGAAAAAAUUUUAAGUGAACAUUUUUCUAAAACAAAUUAUAUGUGUGAUACUAAUAAAAAUAUUCCUAAAAAUUAUAACGAAAAUUAUAAAAAAAAUUUACAUGCUUUAAAUAACUUGAAUCAAUAUAAAUAUAUUUAUAACAGUAUUCAUAAUAAUAAUAAUAAUAACAACGAAGAUAUAGAUUAUGAUAAUGAUCACAAUAAAAAUAAUAGAAAUAAUGAUAAUCAAAAAAAUAUUAAUUAUAUGAAUAUCAAUAAAUUAAGUAACGUAUAUUUACUGAAAAUUCGUCAUAUAUAUAAUUUAAUUAAAAAAAAAAUUAAUAAAACUAAUAUGAAAAGAAAAAAUUGUCAAAAUGAAAAAAUUGUUUCAAUAAUUAAUUAUAUUUAUUAUUAUUUAAGUAAAUGUAUUAUUCACAAAAAAGUAAAUAUAAAUAUACUUUGUAUAAUUAAAAAGAAAUCCUCUAUAAAUUUAUUACUAGAAAAAGAUGUAUCUGCUUUAAAUAUAAAAAAGAUGCUUCUUAAUGGAAACGGUAUUUUAUCUUUAAAUUCAUUUAUUUUAAAUAAUAUAUAUGGGAUAAAAUUUUACUUUAUUAAUUGUAAAAAAGGACUAAAUAAAAAUAUAGACAAUAAUAAUACGAAUGCAAUCAGUAAAAAAAAAAAUCACUAUUAUUCACAAAUAAUUGAAAACACACAAAAUAAAACUAGUGAAAAGAGGAUAAAGUCCUUACAAAAAAAUGAAAUAUUAAACAAAAUUAAAACUAAGAAAAAUAAAGAAAUCAAAAUUUUAUUUAAUGAAAAUUUAAAAAAUUCAUUUAAUGAAUUAUCAAAUAAAAUAAAUAAAAGUAAUAAUAUCGAAAUAAAAAAGGAAAAAAAAAGAAACCUAUUUAAAAUAGAAAAAGUAUUAUCAUCAGAAGAAAUGCAUUGUAAAAGCAUAUUUAUACAAAAAAACGUAUAUUUAUAUGCAGUAUAUAUAAAUAAGUAUUAUAAAAUAUUUAAUUAUAAUAUAGAGAAUAAUUCACUACUUUUAAAAAAAAAAAAGAAAAUCAGUAAAUCAGAAAAAUGUGAAAAUAAAGAAAAUGAAAGUUCUAUAAAUAAUAAAUCAUUAAAUUUUAUUUUAAAUAAUUAUUUUAUGAAAAAUUCUUUGAAGAAUGAAGAUAAUUUUUUUAAGAAUUAUUCUUUAUAUGAUAAAAAAAUAAAGCGAACAUAUGUUGGUACAUUUAUAGUAAAAAAUAUUAUAAUAAAAAAUCCCGUAUGCAUAUAUAAUUAUUUGUUUAAUGGUCUGUUUUUAUAUAUCUAUAAUAGCUUAAAAAAAGAAAAAAGAAAUAAAAAUAAAUUUGUUUUUGUUAGUUCAUACAGUUAUCAUUAUUAUAUGAAUUUAAAAAAGUUCGAUCACAUUUUUAUAGAUUUAUAUUUUUCUGAGAGUACAUAUAUAAAAAAUUAUUUAAUAUAUGAUAAUAAAAAAGAAAAUUUAAACAAUCAUAACAAAAAUAAAUUUAAUGCUACUAAUAAUAUUAAUUAUAUUAAUAAUAAUAAUAAUAAUAACAUUAAUAAUAGUACCGAUAAUAAUGAAUAUAAUAUAAAAAAUAAUUUGAAUACAGACGAAUUAAUUAAAAAAAAAUUGAACAAAAAGGUUUCUUCAUAUGAUAAGAGUAAAAUAAAAAAUAACAAUUUUGAAAAUAAAAAGAAAUCAUUUUAUAAUUGUUUUAAUAAUAUAUCUAAUUUAAAAAAUUAUAAUUGUAAUAAUGUGGAAAAUAAAAUAUUAAAUAAUUGUAAAUGUUUUAAUUGUAUAAAAAAGAAAGAAAAACAUAUUCAAACAAAUUUUAUAAGAGUUCAUAACAGGAAUAAUAAUAGUGUAAUUGAGUUAAUUGUAACCGUAAUAAUUAAUAAGGAUAAUAACAUAUUAGAAAAUAAUCUAAUAUAUUCAAACAUAUCUUCUUUUAUAAGUAUUAUUAUAUUUUCUCCUAUAGUUAUUAUUCAUAAAUUACCAUACAAUUUCGAUUUAAUGAGUACAUAUUACAUUAAUAAUAAAAAAGAAAAAUAUAGUUAUGAAAAUGUUUACAAUAUAUAUUAUUUAUGUAAUCAUAAUUUUAAAAUAAGAUUUUAUAGACAGAAGAAUUUCAAUAAGGUUAAUCAUUUUCUAUCUAGUUCUACCAUUGAAAAUAAUUAUGAAAAGAAAAUUUUACAUUAUGAUUUAAAUAAAAAAAAAUAUUGUAACACAUAUGACAUAAUAAAUACGAAAAAUAUAAAUUUAAAUAAAUAUGAAUUAUUUAAAAAAAGAAAAGAAAAACAUAAAACAAUAUAUUUCGAAAAUAAUAUAUUAAAUAGCAACCAAUAUAUAAAUAUAUCAUCAAAAAAUAUUAAUGUAAUUCUUAAAAAAAGCAAAAAUAAUUUGGGAUUUCUUUAUAAUUCUGAUAAUAUAAUAUAUGAACUAAGUUAUUACAAAAUAAUAAAACAUAAGGAAUAUUAUGAUAAAAAUUUAAUAAUUAAAAAUUAUGUAGAUACAGAAAAGGAAGAAUAUUAUGAUGAUGAAAAAAAAAAGAAACUUUUAUUUUUUUAUAAUUGCAAUAAUUACCUUUAUGAUAAAAUAAAAACUAGUUUAAUUCCAUUAAAAAAGAAAAAUAAAAUAAAUGACACUUUUCGUAAAAUGAGUAAUAAUAUUAAUGAAAUGUAUCAGUAUAAAGGUGAUAGAAUAGUAAAUUUUAAUGUAAAAUGCUUAAUAAAGAUAAAAUCUUUUUUUAAUUAUUACAAUUAUGAUAAUAAUUAUAAUAUACCUUUUAUUAGUAUCUCUGAUUAUUAUAAUAGAAGUUUUAAUAAUUAUGAAAAAUACUUCAAUGAACUAAAAAAUAAUUAUUUUCCCUCUAUAUUUAUUUAUGAAUUAUUGCCUCAAUAUAUUUUUAUUAAUAAUACAGAUUUAAAUCUUGAAUUAAAAUAUUACUAUUUUAAAAAAAAAAAAAAAAAUACAAGCAAAAACAAAGAAAAUUUAAAUGAUCACAUAAAAUAUAAUCAAGUAAAAAUUGAUAGUUUUAAUAAAAAUAAAAUUAAUGAAAAAAACAAUUUUAGUAGAUGCGAAAAUCCUAUAUAUAACAAUAAUAAAUUUAAGAAUAAUACGUAUAGUAUUAAUAAUGCAUCUUUUAAAAAUCUAUUCAAUCAAUCAGACUCUUCUAUAUCAACCCUUGAUAAAAAUGUAAAUAAAGCAAAUUAUAAUGAAAAUAAUCAUAUUAAUAAAAAGAGAAAUAAUAACAGAAUAAUAUAUAAAAAAUUUAAGUAUGACAUUUUUGAUUUGAAAAGAAAUUCCUGUAGUGUUAUAGAUUUUUAUAAUAAAAAAAAUAUUUUUUUUCUAGUAAGAUUAAAAAUUGAUUCUAACAAUUUUUUUCUUUCUUUUAAUAAUGGUGGAUAUAAUAUAAAUAACAAAAAAAUCUAUGAAAAAAUGAGAAAGAUGAUUGAUAAAGAAAAAAAUAAAAUAAAAGAAGUACGAAAUAAUUCCAAGAAAAAUUCUCUAUAUAGACCAUCUAUUUUAUGCUUAAAGAAAAAGAAAAUUAAUAAUGGUAUUAGAAAUUUAAAAAAAAAAAAUCAAAAUUACUAUAAAAAAAAAAAUUUAUAUUUAAAUGAAGAAAACUUAUAUUUUCAUUAUAUGAAUGUUGGAAAUAAAAAUAUUAAAGAUUUUUUUAUAGAAGAAAAAAAUAAUUUUCAUAAGAUAAGAAGUUCCAUCAAUGAAAAAUAUAAUUAUUAUCAUAAUCAUAAUCAUGUUAAUAAUAGUUUUAGUAAAUCAGAAAAUUCUCAUAUAUAUCAAAAUACUUUUUUCGAAACAUAUAUUACACCAUGGACAUAUGGCAUUUUGAUUAACCAAUCUGAUAAUGACUUAAAAGGAAAAACUAUUCAGAAUUAUAAACAGGAAACAAUACAAAAAGAAAAUAAUAACGAAUAUAUUAGUAAAACAAGAGAAAAUUUUGCAAAAAAGUUUUGUAAUAACUUAGAAGAAAUUAAUAAAAAAAAGGAAUUAUGUCAAGAAAAUGUAAAUAUUCUUAUAAAGAAAAAUUUCACAAAUAAAAAAUCUACCAAUCAUAAAUUUGACAACUCUCAUGAUGAAAAUGCAGAAAAUGUAAAUAUAAUUUAUAGAAAAAAAUAUUCUCAAAAUAAAAAAAGAAAUAACAUUAUAAAAAAUAAAAAUAAUUAUGAAUUUCAAUCAAAUAGUACAUCAUAUAAUAUUGAUGUUAUAUCAUCUGAUUAUAUAUUAAAUAAUAAAAGGAAAAACAAAAAAAAAAGAAAAAAAAAUAACAAAAAAAUUUUCAAUCAUUUAUUAAAUAACUCUCAAAGUUCUCUUAGUAAUUGUACUGAAAAAAAUAUUUUUCAUAAAAAUUUAGACCAAAUUAAAAUAAAUAAUUAUGACAAUUUGAAAACUGAAACAUAUAGUAAUUAUAUGAAUAAUCAUUAUGAUAAUAAUAAUGAUAAUAAUAAUAAGAAUAAUAAUAAGAAUAAUAAUAAUAAUUCUUUUAAUAUAUCAUAUAAAGAUAAGAAAAAAUUAGAGACAAGUAUUUCUGAAAAUAGCUUUUAUAGAAAUAAAAUGAGAUAUUUUGAUAAAGAAAAGAGUUUGAAAACAUUCUUUUCAUGUAAUAGUAUUAAAAAAAAGAAAGAGAAAUGUAACUGUCUAAGAAAAUGUUUUGAAAAAGCAAAAUAUCCUUUAAAAAAUGAAAAAAUUAAAAAUAAAAAAGUAGAUACUUUUCAAAGAAAGUGCUUAAAUGAAACCAUAUUGAGUUACAAUAUUAUACCAUUAAUUAAUUAUUCUUCAAAUAUUUUAUAUAUUCUAGAAUAUUUUAUAUAUGUAGAUGAAAAUUAUAUUACUUAUAUCUACAUACAAAAAAAUAAAAAAUUCCCUAUGUACUUUCAAAAUCACUUAGAUAAUUCUGUGUUUCUAGUUUACAAUAAUAUUAAUGAAGGAAAAUAUAUAGAAAAAGAAGAAGAAGAAAAAAAAAAAAAAAAAAAAAAAUUAUAUUUAUUUUCAUAUGAUAAUAUAAAAUAUGCUACCAAAAUUACAAAUAGAAAGGAAACCAGUAAUUAUCAAAAUGAAAAUUAUGAAAAAAGUCUUUCAUAUGAAAAUGAUUAUAACAAUUCUAGAAAUCAAAAUAUUAAUCUAUCUUUAAAUGAAAAAAGUGUUAUAUAUAAUAAUUUAAUACCUAAUUCUUAUUUAAUUACUCGAAAAAGUACAUAUCCUUUUUUUUUAAACUUAUUUUUUAAAGAUUGUUCAUAUUGCAAUCAUCAAUUAUUAAAAAAAUUUGAUUACAAUGAGGGAAAAAUGAGUAAAAAAAAUAAUAUAAGAUCAAAUAUAAAUAAUAAUAUCAAUAAAAAUUCAAAUAAUGAAAACUAUAUAAAUGACGAAGUGACAUAUAAUAAUAAUAAAUUUUGUAAAAUGAUACCAUCAUAUGAAUCUGUUCAAAUAAAUAAAAUUAAAUGUAUUUUAUGUUAUAAUGAUUAUAAUAUAUUAAAAAAUAAGAAAAUGCAAAAAGAAUUUAAUUUAUAUUUAAAAAAUAAGAAGAUAUUUUCAUUUAACCCAUUUGAAAUAAAUGAUAUGAAAAGAAUUUAUAUAAGUGGAAAACUAUUACAUUUAUAUACAUAUAUAUAUAAAAGUAUUCUUAUUACAUCUAUAUUUAAUGGAAAUAACUACAUUUUUACAAAAGAAUUACUUGAUUAUGAUAUAAAUAAAAUAAAAAAAAUCAUAAAAAAGACAGAAUUAUAUAAAAUAAAAAAAAAAAACAAAAUAAAAAAUAUUAGGAAUAUUUUUUUGUAUGAUAAAAUAAAUAAUAAUAAUAACCUAGAUGUUUAUAAAAAUAAUAUAGGAAGUAAAAACAAAAAGAAAAAAAAAUUAAAAAAAAAAAAAACAAACAAACAGAUAUAUUAUAAUAAAUCAAAAAAUAUUCUAAAUAAGAAAAAGGAUGAAACAAAGAAAUAUACUGUAAAUAUUAUAAAAAUUAUAAUUAGUUUCAAUAAUAAUAAUGAAGAAUUUAUGCAGAUAUCUAUGAAUCAUAUUAUAUUUAAACAAAACAUUUAUUUUUUUAAUUCAUUAAAUUGUAUCUUUAUAAAUUAUUAUCUUUUUUUAAAAAAUCUAAUUAUUUUAAAUAAUCAUAUAAAUAAGUUUAAUAAAAAUGUAUUCACUUCAAUAAUAUUUAGUAAAAGAGAUAGUGAUGACUAUGAAAUUGCAAAAAAUAAUUCAGUAAACCAUAUAAAUGAAUUUAAUGAUAGUUAUGAAUAUAAUUUGUUAGAAACAUCUAAUGAUAAUAUAGUUGAAGGAGACUCGAAUUGUACAAUUUUUAAUAAUAAUACCCUUUGUUGCAAUUUUAUGAAAAAAAAUUAUAAAAAUAGAAUAAAUUAUAAUUAUAAAAAAUGUGAAUGUAUUAAUAAUUGUUAUAGAGAUAAUAUAAAAUGUUACAAGUAUUAUUAUAAUAUCAAUAAAUAUAACAAUAAUAAUUAUAAUAAAGAUAUAUGCAUUUAUAAUAAAAAAUGCAAUAAUAAUAAUAUAUUGAAUAGCAAUAAUAAUUCGUCUAAUAUAAAAAAUAGGAAACAUUCAAAUUUAUUAACCGUCCAUUGUAGAUGUAAAAUCAGAACAAAUAACAAAAUAGAUAUCAUAUAUAAUACAAUUAAAAAUAUAAUAGAUAUAGAAGAAUUAGUUAUAACUAUUAGUUCAUUAUAUGUAUAUAUUGAUUUUUAUUUUCUUAUUCAUAUUUUUAAAACUUUAAUAUAUCCUUUACUUGAAUAUAAUAAUUAUAAAAUUAACAACAUAAGAAAAAACAAAAUAUAUUAUUGUGAUUCAUUUAUGUAUACAUAUCCUUAUAAUGAAUUUAUUCCACUUAAUAAAAAAUGUAAUUAUUUAAGUAAAAAUUUGAUAACUUGUUAUGAUUUAUCUCCUUUUUCCAAUGAUACUAAUAAUUAUAUAGAGUUAUUAAUUAAGAAAAAAAAAAGAUUUAAAAUUAACCAGAAUAAAACAAAUAUGUUAAAUUAUAUGUUAAAAGAAAAAGAAAAAGAAAAUAUAAUUAAUUACAGAAAACUUGAUAAAAUUUUCAAGAGUAAUAAUAAAGAGCAAAAUUACUUUUUCUAUUUUAAUGAAUUAAUGAAUAACGGAAUAAUUUAUAAACAUAAUUAUAUCAACAAAAAAGAAAGAUUAUAUAAUGAAAUCCUUAAUUAUAAAAAUUAUGUAAUAUCAAUUGUAAAAAAAAUUAAAAAAAAAAAUUAUAAUUAUGUUUUCAUAAAUAAUUUAAAAUUUUCUUCUAUAAAUAUGAAAUAUUCUAUAGUUUUUAAUAACAGCUUUUGUAAAAAAAAAAAUUAUUUUUUAAAUAAUAUUAUAAGACUAUUAAAUAUACAUAACUCUUAUUUAUUUGUUGAUAGUUUAUCCAUUAGUAAUUUAUUAACAGAAAAGUCAGUUGCAUUAAAAAACAUUUUUCAAUUUUUUUUAUGUUAUGCCUUUUAUUUAAUUUUUUAUAUUUUUUAUUCUAUGGAUAUUAUAGGAAAUCCAUCUUAUUAUUUAUAUUUACUAAAAAAUUAUAGAGAAAAUCAUAACAGAGAAGAAGAAAAAAAAAAAAACAAAAAAGAAGAACGAAGAUAUGUAAUUGAUAACCAUCUAAUUGUUAAUAAAAAGAAAAAAAGAAAUAUGAACAAUUUACAUUAUGGAUAUUAUUUUUAUUUAAAAAAAAAUAUAAUGAAAAUUCUUCUUUUAAUUAAAAGACAUAUUAAAAUUUUUAAUAUGUCUUGUUCUCAUACUUUUUUAAAAUUAAUGAAGCAUUUAAUACAAUUGUUGUCUUUUUUUACUUUUGAUCAAAAUUUUAUAGACUUUAUGUAUGAAAAACAAAAUUACAUGAUUUCAAACACUACAAUAAUUAAUCAGUUUAAAUAUUAUUUGAACCACAUAUAUAUAUAUAUAUAUAAUAUGUUUCCUUCUAUUUUUAUAAAUUUUCAUAAUUUUAUAAAUUGGAGAAAUACCUUUAUAGGAAUACCAAUGAAUACUAUUUUUAAUAUGCACAGAUUAGUUAUAAAAUGUUUAACUAUUUUAAUUUAUAUUACUACAAAUAUAUUUUUUUAUAAGAAUAAUUUAAAAAAAGAAAAUAAUGGAAAUCUUAUAAAAAUCUAUUAUGAAAAUACUUAUCCUUCUAAAUUAUCAUUUGGUUUUUUUGAAAUGAUGAAAAAAUAUAGUAUUGAAAAUUUUAUAGUUUUAAAUAUAAUACAAAACUUGAACCUUCAUAUAAAUGGUUAUUACAUUUAUCACAUUUUUAAUUUAGUAAAUGGUUACCUUAUAAUAUUAAUCAAUAAUUUUAUAUUUGUAAUAAAUGUGUUUAAAAAAAAAUUAGAAUACUGCUAUGAUAUAUUUGACAUAAUUAAAAUAAAAAUAAUAAAAUUGACAAAGGAUAAACAAUCUUCUUAUUUAUCAUCAAUUAAUACUAGAGUUAAAAAAAUUUCAUGCAAUUUAUAUAUAUAUAUAAAAUUAAAAAAUAAUAAAGAUAAUUUUUAUGUUAGAUUUAAAAAUAAUUUAAUUAAUCUAAAAGAUAUAAAUCAUAAAAAUUGUUCUGAUGUACUAACAAGUAAUACUAAUAUCCAUAUUAUUAAUGUCUUAGAUGUAAGUUAUAAAAAAGCAAAAUUAUUUAGAAAAGUACUAAUUGAUAUAAUUAAAUAA